UGCCUCCGGUUGCGCGACGACCCUGCGGCCCGGCAACCCGGGGCCGGAACCGGCGGAACCCGUGGUGGUAGUCAGGACCCCGCAAGGGUUUACGCCCCCUCCGUUUCACGCCCGCCGUUUUCUCCCUUUCCGCGCUGAUAAGAAGCGGAUUUUCGGACCCGACUUUUUUUCAGUUCCUCACACAUCCCACUUGGCUCUGUUAUCUCAUGUCACCAUUCGUUUUAAUUAUUAUUAAGCCCGGACAUCACAAGAUGCGCCAGCCCGGAGGCUGCGGAGGACCUACAGAGGGACACCGCCGCUCACCCUGGCUGCGCCCCCGCCGUUCUCGGCCCGGCGCCGCUUGCACGGCCCCACAGCUCCCACUAGCGGCAGUCGGCGGCCCGUCGGCUGAGCCCCUCUGCCGUGCCCUGGCCGCGAGCCCACGCGGUUCUCCCCGAAAGGAGCUGCGAACUACGGGCGGGACGGGAUUGCAGAACCGGAGACUCGCUUUGCUGGGAAAAGGAUCCGCUCCCCAGGAUGGGGGCUUAGCACCCGAGUGGGAGGCACAGAUUGCGCAUCGGGGGCCGCAACGGAGCGAAGCGCUUCGUUAUCCGAGUGUGAGCAAACGCGAGGCGCGGAGCCCGGCGGGAGCCAAGGUAAACACGGAGCCCGACAAAUGCUCCCAGCACCACCGACGUGUAAAGUGGGUUUGCCUCGAUCUUGUCACGCUGCCGCUUCUGUUUGUUUGGAAGCAAAAGGUGAUGGGCGGUGUUUUGUGAAAGCUGUGAGUAAACGGUGACCUCUAGCUCGCCGUAUCCUUUCCUUAAGUAAACCGGGGGAAAUGAAGAGCGCUGGUAUUGUCUGAAAAUAUCCUCCUGCGGCUAAAUAUAUCGCUUGACUCCUAUUGUGCAGCGGCUAAUCAUUCUGCGUAAAUACAGCUGUUUUCGUCCUCACCGUGCUCGCCAUAACCCACAAUAACAAAACCAUCUUGACUUGGGAACCCGGCGAAAAAUGGGAACUUAUUUCUGGAAUACCCCAAGUAGCAACGGUUAAAAAAAGCCCAAAGCGAUGCGGCUUCGGGUCCCCUCCUUGCCAGCGGGGCCGAGCUGUUGCAGGUCGCGGCAACGAGCGGGGAGCGGGUGGUGCUCAGCUGCCGAGGGCCCGGCGUGCUGCUCCCCGCGGCCCCGCUGCUUCCAAGGGCAUCGCCUCGUACAAGUAGACAUGGGAAUACGAGUCGGGAAGGGGGUAAAAUAAUAACUGAAAAAUAAAUUACAAAGUUAAGGGGUUUUUUUUUUCGUUUGUUUUAACGCGGGGGGGUUAUUGCACGAGGAAGGCGAGGAGAAGCGCGUUUUGGGAUUCGCGGGGAGCGAACGUGGUUUCCUGACAGACUAACUGAGAAGGGAUAGGUUUUUCGGGGAGGAAAUCCUGCCGGUGCCGUGGGGAGCGAUGCCGCACAUCCCCUCUACACCCCAGCUGCCCGUGCUGGUCGGUGGGAGGCCACAGGCAAGGACCGGCAGGCGAUGGAGUGAGAGCCGCCGAAUGCGGGUGACCUUCAGGGAAAAAGUAACGAUAAAAAUCAGGGCUGUGUUGUUUGCACUGCUUAAACCUCUAUUUCCUUUACUUCAUUCAGCUUCACGGCAAAAGUCGGGUUUAUCCUGGAAUAAUUUGUUUUGGCUUCUUUUCGGCACUGAGGAGGGAGAUGCAUAAAUAUUUGCUUUGAUCCUAAGAAAUCUGUGACAAAAUUUGCAGCUAAUUUGAACCGGAGCAAGGUUGGGCCCGUAUCCCGUGUUCACUUUUAAGUGCAUAUCAGAAAUAACAGCUAAUAUUCCCCUGCCCGUGGCGGGGGGUGGAGGGUUUGAAACAAGAUGAUCUUUAUGGUCCUUUUCAACUCAGGCCAUUCUACGAUCCUAUGAAAUAAGAAUAACGUGAUGGGAAAUUUUAAAUGGAAAUUUUGAAGUGGAAAAGCCCACCCUCAUUUGUCAUGACUCAAAACUAAUGUUUCGGUAAUCCAAAAGAAAAGUGGAAAAGAUCUAAUAAGUAUUGCCACAUUUAACAGAGAUAAACGAUCGCUGCUUCUUUAAAGCGAUUUAAAUGCAGCCUUUAUUGGUUGUACAAAAGGCCAAGUGUUCUGGAUACUUGAAGAAGCUCCUAAAAUAUCAUUAACACCAUAACAAUGUAUCUUCUGUAUUUAUGGUAGAGUUAAUGUAUAUUCAGAUGUUUUAGUACUUCUCCACGUCUGUUUUAUAACUGCAAUUUUGGUUAACCAGAGCUUUUUAGAAAAUGAGCUUGGCUCUCCCUAAAUAUAGCCAUGGAACUGAAGCAGUCUUGUAAUAAAAAUCGGAAAAGAACUUGGUACAUUCUAACCAUGCGCUUCAGUCCUCUGUUUGAUUUAUUUUUAUAUGGUCUCUCACUGCCAUUGAGUGAAAAUAGAAAUUCUUAUUUAUUUGCGGUCUGCAGCAAGACAGGGUGGGAAAGAAACGGACUAAACCACUACUACACAACUCCUCUUUUUAUAAGGGUUUAUGUUUCCUUGUCCACAGCUGACCACUGAGCCAACAUAGCCUAAAUGUCAGUCCAGGAAAGAUGAUAGGAAACAUUAGCUUGUUGAGUAUGGAAAUGUCAGGAGAGACGCAGUACUCCCCAGCUGGCUAACGAAGCGAUGGGAUGGCGAGAGGGAGCAUAAUCCUGAUGUCCAUGCAUUAGGUAGCACUAGCAUGAAAAUGAAACAGAGAUGUGUGAAAAAGUCACUGUUCAGCUCUACUCGGUUCAUUCCUGGUCCAAAACUAUGCAAGCCUGGGCACUGCUACCAUAUCCGUAUCGGAAAGUCUUCGGUACACAGAUACCUUUGCAAUUCUCUUUCUGAAAUAAAUCACCCCUGCAGUGCAAACUGAACAGUAUUUAUCAAACCUGAAUUUUACUUGAACUUAAGUCAAGACUCUACAAGAGCGCAGCUAAUCAUUUCACCGCCGCUUGCCAAAGUACACAGCCCCAGAUACUCCGAGAACACUUAACAAGGCCUUUCGUGCAGUUGAAAGUGAAUCACAAACAACUGAGAGCAGACCUCUCUACGUUUGGGGUACACUUAAAUAACAGCACAGACAUACUCAAAUAGAGGGCACAUUAACAACGUCAGAAAGACCGUAAGAGUAACAGACUGUAAAGAUGUACACUUUUGUUUUAAAACAAGAGAAUGGGUGAAAUAUUGAUACUUGAAGGUUGUACAGGCAUAUUUUCCUAUAUGCAGUAUGCAGUCACUCAGCAGCCUUGUGAAGCUUCUAGUACACCAGCUCCCCAGUACAUCUCAGAGCAUUCAGCCUCCCACAUUGGUAGAAAAAUAAUUAUGAAUGAUCAUGGGAAGCCCAAUGGGCAGUUCAACCUCCAAAGCAGCUUUCUGCUUUGAAAUAGAGCACGGACUAAGAUACCGCUGCCACGUCCUCUGCUCUUUCCUACAUCUGCCAGAAGGAUGCAAUAAUUCUCCAGGAUGUUUAUGAUCAGGGGUGAGAAAAAGAAAGAUCUCCCCUGGAAUCAAGUAUGGAAAAUGAAUACUGCUCAAGGCAGCAGCAACUGAAAAGGGCUUACUUGCCUCCCUGGGAAUGAGGAGGGGAGGAAAAAAAAGAGGAACACAACAAAAAAGAGGAACAGCUCGAGUAACUGAAAAAUGGAAGUUUAAACUCCCAACUGUAAUAUAAUAACAAAUAAUCACCCGAUACAAUUUCUAGCAGCAAUUUCAGCAAGUUUUCCGGGUAAGUUAAUACCUUAAUGGAGACUGACACCCACUCAGAUUAAUCAUUAGCUAAAUAAGAGUCUGCACAUUAACAGACUUUACAUCAGAUGUGUAUCAAUGGAAAAUAAAUAUAUCUGAAGUUCUUAUCAGAUGUCAGUUUAACCAUCCUCAAACUGUGCCCCUCGUAUUUCCCUAGAAAUCAAAAGCAGCCCUGAAGACCUACAGUAAAAAACAGUGGUGAGGACCAGAACAACGCAAAUAUGUAGUUCACCCGUGCCACCUCUACAAGAUACUAACACCUAGAACAGUUCCCACCACCUGCACUUCAGCCCACCCCCAAAAAGUAUCUGUCGGUACCUUCUUUUUCAGGACAAAGAAACACAAGUAGGAAGUUGUGGAAUGGAUUAAUUUUAACUAACACUUUGUCCACAAAGUAGUCCUAAAAGUGUGAAUGGAAAUAAACUUUCACAGUUUAAGUCUACGUGACUUUAAGUGUAAAGAACAAAUACUACUCUUUAACAGAAAACCAGUGAUUAGAAACCAAAAUUCCUAACAGCACAGCUGCAUGUAUGACAAUGUAGCUUCUUGCUUUUAGAAGAGGAAACAAAAAUGCAUAGGUCUGUUUGAGUAUCCACUUUUAAUAGCUUGUUUCUCUUAAGGGAACAGGGGUUGUUUUGUUUUAGAAAUACAGGUAUCAGUUGAGCUUUAAAUACAGCCUGCUCCUGCCAACAGGUCACGUACAUGAUUUAUUUGGUUUCAGCCUUUUGUUUUUAUGCAUUAAGAAACCUUCAACCUUCUUUUUUUUUAGUACAAUAUAUAGAAACAAAUGUAAGUACAGUUAAAGUGUAGGUUUUUUACUGUCUUGGCAUUUUUCUUGACAUAGUGGACAAAGCGAUACACAUCCCAUCUACCCCCCAAACCCAGGCUUCAUACAAAGCACGCUGAAUGCUCACACUCAACUUGCUUUACAUUUAAUUUGGCAAAUCUACAGAAACAGAUCCGUAGAGAAUAUCAGGAAUUAUUUCCAUCUUUAUCCAGCAACAUCCAAAUGUUCCAAAUCCAAAUCCAACUCCUGAUUUCUUUCAUUUUACGUAUACUAUAGUUGUUGCAUACUGGUAGGAGAAAUGUUUCAGAGCUGGACAAGUUAUAGUAAUUUAGGUUCCAGUAGAAGAGUUGUAUACCAAAAGGGGAUUUUUUAAUAUCAUUUUCAAUCUAUCAUUUCAUUUUUCAAAAUAGCGGGUAACAUUCAAGAUCUUGUAUACGAGUUCGCAUUUGCAGUCUGCUAAAACAAUUUAUUUAAACAGAAUCUUACUUUCUGCUUUCCACUUGUGGAAAAAAAACCUUCUAUUUCUAAAUCCUUUAGGAUCUGAUUCAUUAUAUGGUAAUGAUAUCAACUUAUAGCAGUAUACUGUGUUAUGAGAUAAACUGAAGGGGAUUCGAUAUUUAUGUACUGGUGUAGGUGCAGUAAGCCAUACAGCUGUUUAAACAUGAUAACGCAGCUGAAAUAAGUCUCUGUCAGAAGGAAAAAACACAACAAAACCAACAUUCAUAAAAACAGCAGCAGCCAUCAAAAACAUUCACAACUGCAGGGAUUUUUUCUGUGUGUAAUUUUGCAUUGUAAGUAGGAGAAGCCACAAUAGUUUAAAAGCAAAAUUAAAAAUAUAUCACUAUAGUCUUGCGCUUAAUAACGUGAAUUGUCAUUCUCACAGCUGUUUAUAGAAGUGUACUAAAAAAAUUUACUUAAACAUAUGAAUUUAAGACUUUCACUUUAUUCAGCAAAUUGGUUUAUUUACACAAUGGGGAACGCUGGUUGAAUGCUGUCAAUGUAAUAAAAACAAAUCUAACAGAGACAAUACUGAACUCUCCCUAUGUAUUCAUAGCAGAAAUGACAAACUAUUUCCUUACCUGUAUCAGGAACAUCAAGCGCAACAAUGGGACAGUAUCAUAGGACACUGAUUUAACAAUAAGCCACAGAGGUCCAGUAAUACCAUGGCAAUUUACUCAUGUAUUCACUGACUUUUAAAAAAAAUAAUUAAGAGUCAGCAAUACCCAGUAUAAACUUCUGUCAGCUAUCAGAGUCAAACUCUGAUGAGUAGGUCCGUAAAACCUUAUCAGAUCAUCCACAACUCAUAGUGUCCUGAUGUGCUUCAGACCACUAAUACAGAAACGAAUACGUGAGAACAUAUUAUUCUCUAAAAGGCAACAAUGAUCUGAUAAGGGUUUAACUUAAUGGAGUUAAAAAAUAAAAAUAAAAAUUAAGAAUUGCAGAGCACAGCCCCUAUUAGAACAAGCUAACUUUCCAGAUUUUCAAAAAAAA